AUGGCUCAGCGCCUCCCUUGGAAGCUAUUCUGGAGAUUUUACGUUGGGCGAAGGCACAUGCCACAGAUUUUCGAAUCUCGUGGAUCUGAAACUUGCACCAAAGUGUAUUUUGGUGUUGGCGAACCCACUUGUGCAGAAGUGAUUAUUGCCAAUAGCUUUCUUGCAUAUGUCUUUGCUGAGUAUGCCGUUAUUCACGGAGAUUCAAAGCACAGAGACUACUGCCAGUUUCACCGAUCGAAUCUUGGCAGUGCACUUCUCAGGCUCCCACUACUGUCGCCAGCCUCUAUGGAACUUAUCGCUGCGCUGACUCUCGGGUCGUUACAUAUGGUUGAAGAGGGUAGAGUGUCACAUGCCUGGACUCUGAUCUCAAAUGCUAUGACGCUGUGUCAAACAUUGGGUUACCAUCGACUUGAUAGAUACUCGGGCAGCGAUCAAGAGACGCAGACUCAGUUAUUUUGGGCUGUGUACAGCUAUGAAAAUGGCCUGUCUUUACGGUUGGACCGCUACUCUGGCAUCAGAGACUCCGACAUUACCUUGGUCAUUGAGCCGAGCCAUCACAGAGCUAUUCGAUUUGGACGCAUACAAGGGAGAAUCUACAGUCACCUGUAUAGCCUAGAAGGCCUUGCUUCUACGGAUGAUGCACGUGGGGAGGCUGCCGGUGUUCUCGCACAAGAAAUCCAGUCGAUCAUAGAUGAGACUCAGGCGGACAUUGCGGUAGCGUUGUGUCAGAACUCUACCGUUGAUGAGGAUCCUGCGAGAGUGAUCUACUUACAUUGUGACCUUGUCUGCCAGUCCUCGAUGAUGUCCAUGGUUCUCAGAGCGAUACCUGCUCCUAGAGGCACAGACGCUAUCGACAGUUGUGUUACUGUAGCACGCAAUACCUUGGACUUGCACGGACAAUGCAUGAAGCUUGUUGAUGGAUGCAAAGAUCCUCUGUUGAUGAAGAGAUAUAUUAGCUGGGCUGUUCUUCAUACGCCUUUCUUCCCAUUCAGCAUCGUUUUUGAACACGGUGUGCGUCACUCAGACACAGAUGAUCUUGACCGCCUUGAUCGAUUCGCUGCAUCAUUCAAGUCUGGUACUGUUAGCCAUGAAGCAAUGACCCACCCGCAUCGUCUGUACGAGCUUCUAAGUCAGGCUGCUCGUCUCUGUGUUCAGUUAGGUCCAACACCGCAACACGAUAACUCGAUGCAAUCAACUUUCAGUGAUUCGGUCAUGGUCGAGCCUGUCGCAGAUACACCAAACGACACGAGUGUUGAGGAUAUAAUUCUCCCCAGUGGACAAGAUGCAACGUUUAGCAUAGGUGACUGGUUCUACAGUAAUCAGCAGUUUUUGCGGCUACUGCACGAGGAUAUAGCAUAUUGA